GCUUCCUCCCCCUAAGAAUACAAAUUGGAAACUAAUUUCAACUUCAACAAUGGAAUAUUGAAUAAUUAUUGAUCAAGCAGGCUACUGUUUUCUCAUCAGGGAUUUCUUUAAGGUUGCUAUGGGAAUCUUAUGAUAAUCUGAGAGGAAGUAAGUCCUGAUAAUAUUGCAGUUAUUCAUCAUGUGCCUGGAGUGAAGAGGAAGGGAAACACUUCAUAUCUAAGUGCCAAGGCUCUGCUGUGUCAUGGCUACAGACUCUGGUGAAUCAGCCAGCACAGAAGAAUCAGAGAAACCUGAUGGAGUUUCUUUGGAAUGUGUGAAUCCUUCUGUUGAUGUUAUUUUGACCAUGGAGGCCAGGACCAAAGAGGGGCUUAGCACCCCUGCCUCUGGGGCAAUUGUGAAAGAAAAGGUUUUUCCGAAAAGUGUGGAGAUAAUAGAGGAUGAAAAGGACUUGGAACUUACUCCACGGAAUGAGCAAGAACAAUUUAUCUUGGGUGAUCAGAGGAUGAUCCAUCUUUCUGCCAGUAUACUUGUGGCUGAGCAAGAAGCCAGAAAUGAGCAAAAUUCAAAGGUAAUUAUGGAAGCCGCGAAGGAAAGGACGAAGAAGGAGAUAGAAGAGGAGGCAGAGAUGAAGGCUGUGGCUACAUCACCUGGUGGAAGAUUUCUGAAAUUUGACAUUGAGUUGGGAAGAGGAGCUUUCAAAACUGUCUUCAAGGGUCUGGACACAGAAACCUGGGUAGAAGUUGCUUGGUGUGAACUGCAGGACAGGAAGCUGACCAAAGCAGAACAGCAGGUUAAAGAAGAAGCUGAAAUGCUGAAGGGGCUACAACACCCCAACAUUGUCCGAUUUUAUGAUGCUGGGAAUCAACGGUUUAAAGGAAAGAAGUGUAUUGUAUUGGUAACUGAACUGAUGACAUCUGGAACACUGAAAACAUAUUUAAAGCGUUUCAAACUCAUGAAGCCAAAGGUGUUGAGGAGCUGGUGCCGACAGAUUUUAAAAGGGCUACAUUUUCUGCACACAAGGACUCCUCCUAUCAUCCAUCGUGAUUUGAAAUGUGACAACAUCUUCAUCACAGGACCUACUGGUUCAGAGAUAGGGGACUUGGGACUUGCCACCUUAAUGCGCACUUCAUUUGCGAAGAGUGUUAUAGGAACUCCUGAAUUCAUGGCUCCUGAGAUGUAUGAAGAACAUUAUGAUGAGUCGGUGGAUGUCUAUGCUUUUGGAAUGUGCAUGUUAGAGAUGGCAACUUCUGAAUACCCAUAUUCUGAAUGUCAGAAUGCAGCUCAGAUCUACAGAAAAGUAACCAGUGGCAUUAAACCUGCUAGUUUUAAUAAGGUGACAGACCCAGAAGUAAAAGAGAUCAUUGAAUGUUGCAUUCAGCAGAACAAAUCUGAAAGGCUCUCCAUCAAAGACCUCUUGAACCAUGCUUUCUUUGCGGAAGACACGGGACUCAGGGUGGAGCUGGCAGAGGAGGAGGAGGAUGGGCUGCAUUCCUCUUUGGCUUUGAGGCUUUGGGUAGAAGAUCCCAAGAAACUGAAAGGAAAGCACAAAGACAAUGAGGCGAUAGAGUUCAGUUUCAAUAUGGAAACAGAUAUCCCAGAGGAAGUGGCUUGCGAAAUGGUGAAGUCGGGAUUCUUCCAUGAAAGUGAUUCCAAAGCUGUGGCCAAAUCCAUCCGUGAUCGUGUCACCCUAAUCAAGAAGACUCGGGAGCAAAGGCAGGUGGGCAGCCUGGAGGAAAGGAGGGACUCGCAAAGUCAGCUUCCAAGUGGAUUGCCCUUACUUCAGCCGCAAGGCUCCUCAUUCACCCCACCUUCUCAGCAAAGCAAGACCGAGUGUGAGGAAACAGAGGUUGAUCAACAUGCCAGACAACAACACGUCCUUCAACAAAUGCAGCACAGUUUUUCCCUCACUGCUGACAACUUGUCUGAAACAGGAGCAGGAACAGUUAUACUGUCAGAUGCCUCUAGCCAACAUAAUCUGGCAUUUUCCACGGAACACAUGAUGGGUACUCAACAAGUCCCCAACCUCUCACAAACUGAAAAUAGCAGUGUUCAAGGGCACAUAUAUACUUCUCAACAGCUGAUGGGGCAUUAUCAGUCCAAUGCAGGGGUGCAGCCGGCAUUGCCAACAAAUAUGGCUCACCCUGGUGCUUUACCAUUAAUGCAGACUCAGCCUUCUGGUCUACCUACUCACAAUUUGGCACCUCCUGCAACUCUCCAAGCCCAAACUUCUCCUCUUGCAGCUCAACAAUUCCCAGCAAGAAUGCCUCCAGAUUCACAGGUAUCCUACAGUGCAGAAAGUCAAGCUUUGGAUGGAUCCAUCAUGGGAGUUCCUCAGCAGAUAUUGACAAUAACUUCUCCUCAGAAUAUACCUGCCUCACAGGUGGGGAAUCAACACAUGCCAACAAGCAUACAGUUAACUUCUGCUGCUAGACUUGGUAGUCAGGCUACAGCUGCUGUCGGUUCGGUGGAAUUAGAGACUGCUCCUGCCAAUUUGGUAUCUGCCAGUCAGUCCCCUGUGCUACAUGGGCAGCCUUCAGUUCAAUUUGUCAACAACAUGCAAGUUCUUCAGUCAGUUCCACAAGGAGUUAGACUUAUUCAACAACCCAAGCAAGUUUCACAGCAGGUGCCAUCAACACAGCAAGUUCCUCAGCAGGUGGCAUCUAUGCAGCCAAGCCAGCAAAUGGUUCCACAGGUGACAUCAUCUUCACAGCAGGUUUCUCAGCAAAUUGCAGCUAUGCAGCAGAUUCCCCAGAAACUAAUGGCUAUGCAGCAGCCUCAGCAGGUAGCAUCUAUGCAGCCACCUCAACAAGGGGUGUCCUUGCAACAACCGCAGCAAAUUCACCAGCAAGGGAUGCCUAUACAGCAGUCUCAGCAAGUUCCUCAACAAGCGCCAUCUAUACAGCAAAGCCAAACUGUUCCACAUGUGGCUUCUACUCAGCAGAUUUUGGAGCAGCCUCAGAAAAUUUCCCAACAGGCAGCAUCCAUACACCAGCCUCCGCAAGUUCCUCAGCAAAUUCUCCAACAAGUGGCAUCAGCGCAGCAGCCCCAGCAGAAUCCUCAACAAGUAACAUCCACACAGCAGCCCCAUCUUAUUCCUCAGCAGGUUCCACAACAAGUGACAUCCAUACCGCAGUCACACCACAUCCCUCAGCAAGUUCAACAUCAGGUGACACCUUUACAGCAAUCACAACAAAGUCCUCAACAGACAGCAGCCAUGCAACAACCUCAACAGGUUCCACAGCAGGUGACGCCCAUGCAGCAGCAGCACAUGAUACAGCAGGUGACAGCCAUACAGCAGACACAACAAGGUCCUCCACAGGCAGCAUCUAUGCAGCAGCCACAGCAUAUUCAGCAAGUUCCACAGCAGAUGACACCCAUACAGCAACAACAACAACAAUGUCCUCAACAAGAGGCAUCUCUACAGCAGCCACAGCAUAUUUUCAGCAAGUUCCACAGCAGAUGUUUUGCCGUGCAUUCACCUGAGCAGUCAUUGCACCUGUCGAAGGAUGGAGAUGCUGGCAACAUGGAAUUGCAGAUCUGUUCAACACAAUCCACAAAAACCCAUCCUUACCCUUCUGAGUCACAUCUGCCUGAACCAUCAAUAUAUCUUAUCCAGCAAGAUUCUAGCUUGGGCCACCAGCAGCUGCACCCACCACAUGUGGCACAUAAAAUUCCAGAAGGACAACAGUCAGGGCCACAGGCACCUUUUGCUUCAUCUCAGCCAUCUUUCACGCCACAAAUGAAACCACAACCUCCUUAUCAGGAGUUUAGCCAGCAACCUAUUACUCAGCCACACAAAGCCACAAUCCCUCAAUCUGCCCUUGUAUCAGAACAGCCAGCACAAGCUUAUACCAUGCAACAAUCUUUGGAUGCGCCAGGACUGUUGAAUCAUGCUCCUCUCCUCCAGCAAUCUCAUGCAUUUCAACCAAUUGACAAUAACCAACAGUUUAUUUCUCCACCAGCACAAUCAACAUACAUUCAACAGCAGACAGUAUGUCCGAACUCAGUUUUAUCUGCAGAAUUGAUUGUCCAGGAGCAGAUGCCUAUGGCAGCUACUUUGAACCAGCAAACAGCAUUUACUGCUGUGAAUGAACCAAACCAAGAGUAUCAUCAAGGACAAGACAUUCCACAGCUUCCUGGGCAUUUUGCCCUGUUUCCAUCUCAGUAUCAGAUGAACCUGAGCAUCAGCCAGCAGUUCAAAAACAAGAGUCUAUUCAAGGCUUGGUACAGGACCUUCCAAAGGAAGGUGACUGGCUGUGACCUUCCAUGCGGAAAUGGCAAACAAGACAAGAGCAAACAGAGAAGGACCUCCUGUGCCCGACCAGAGAAGGGAACCAAAUUUCAACUCACAGUGCUGCAGGUAUCAACAUCUGGAGACAAUACUGUUGAGUGCCAACUUGAAACGCAUAACAACAAGAUGGUUACAUUUAAAUUUGAUGUUGAUGGAGAUGCUCCAGAGGACAUAGCUGAUUACAUGGUUGAAGAUAAUUUUGUAUUGGAAAAUGAGAAGGAUAAAUUUGUUGAUGAAUUGCGAGCUAUUGUUUGCCAGGCUCAAGACAUCAUUUCUAGUCUUCCUAUUGAAGAACGAGCCACUGGCAUGGAAUCUGCUCCUUCUGAUCCAAAUAACUGCCAAACAGGAUCUUCUGAACAAGUUCAGAUAAAUCCAGCAUCUACUCAAAGUGGCAGUGAUGCUGCUCCCCAGUCAUCCCCUGUUGGCCGCUGGAGGUUUUGCAUCAACCAAACAAUAAAGAACAGAGACACCCAGGCAUCUUAUAUCCCAGUACAGUCAAUGAAAACUAUUCAAGGAUGUCAGACAACAGAUUGCAUAAAGGAAAGUACAAAAGAAGAGACACCCAAGAUUGUUCACAACCUGUGGACAAUCUUAGUAGCCAACAUAAGCCUAGCCCUUCUUUCAGUUCAGAGGAUUUGACAAGACAGUGUGAUAUCUGAACCCCAAAUUUUGGAACCUGAACAUUUAACCCUUUCUCAUGAAGCAGAAAGCAGCACGGAUAAAUUACUAUCUGCCUCUACAGGUGACAAUACUAGUGCUACUACUUACGAUUCAGAGGCUUGGCUGGACUCUUUGCCAGCAGAAACUCAGUCUAAUGGAGCUCCCCUAUCUUCAUAUGUACCUCAUCCGGCAUCUGUUGUGAAUGAGUUGAAUUUGUCCACGGAAGCCUUUGAUUCCACACUAAUGUCUUGUCAGACUUUGAUCACUGAGGAAGCAGAACAUGUAAUAAAUGCAGAGCAAGCAGCUGCUUUGGCGCAGACUCCGAGUCAGGAAGGAAUUUCCUCCACAUCCAUUCUGGAAUCAGACAGUGAGGGCCCCCCUAAGAUGGAUUUUGUUGACAACAACAUCAAAACUCUGGAUGAAAAGCUGCGGACACUUCUGUAUCAGGAGCACAGCUUGUCAGGCACUUCUCCUGAGAGCCAAAAAGACACACAGUGAGCGGAGUCUCCAUUUUCCUCAUCUGCUGAAGAUACUUUUCCUGCCCGGGACAUUCUGAAACACAAGACACUAAUUCCCCCCAAGAGACCGAUCCCCAAGCUGCUCAUUCUAUCCGCAAGUCAUCCUGAUAGCUUGCCAGUGGUGAGACAAGAGGCCAUGGUUAUUACCUCUGCUCCCAGGGAUCUCUGCAGUCAUGAGAUGUCCUUGGAGGCUUCAUUUCCUGAGAAUCCUGUGGCUUGUCCUGCUUCAGAAUCAAGUGGUGGAGCUGUGCACCUGCAUGCAGGAGCAGAGGAGAUGACUGCUGAUGGUGCUUCUGACUGGAUUUCUCUUUCUGAGCAAGCAACCAGAGAGAAUAAAGCAUUGGGUCAUUCUAAAUCUGGAGCUGGAUCAUUCCAGCGAGGCAGAUUUCAGGUCAUCACAGUUCCACAACAGUUGUCCUCAGGUGUUUCAGAAAGUGAACUCUCUGAGAUGUCUCCUUCCUUGGAGCUUGGAACAGAAGAAGCUGUCCCAGAGGAAGAGAAAUGGCUACCCUCCCAGUGCCAUGGGACUUUCUGCACCCAUGGGUGGAGGCAGCCUAGAAGGCUGGGAGUCAACCAGCAGUCUCAAGAGGAAAGGGGCGGCACCCACCCAAAGAGGCGUAGUUCUCUUUUUUACUCGGCAUCUUCUCCAAUGAGUAGUGAUGAUGAAUCUGAAAUUGAAGAUGAGGACCUGAAAUUGGAGCUACAGCGUUUGCGGGAAAAGCACAUCCAGGAAGUAGUCAGCCUGCAAGCUCAACAGAACAGGGAGUUGCAGGAGCUAUAUGAACGUCUUCGCUCCAUCAAAGAUAGCAGGUCAGAAUCCUCUGACCUCUCCCUGCAACUGUCAUCCCCACGGCGGCCUAAAUCUUUCAAAAGCAAGCUGCGCAGCCGGCCACAAUCUCACUCUCAUGUCGACAAUGGCAUUGUUGCUGCUGAAUGCUGUUGUGCAACCACUGCUGCCUCUGUGAUUGACUAUCAGUUGAGCAUUCAAGCCCAUUUGCUGCAUCAAAGCUGUUCACAAGCAGAAACUAACCAAGAACAACUCUGCAUCGUGAGUAGCACUGCCUCUUGUCAGCAGACAACCAGUAAAAAAGGAAUGUUCACGGAUGAUUUGCAUAAACUGGUGGAUGACUGGACUAAAGAAAAGGUGGGAAAUUCCCUCAUCAAGCCAAGUCUCAAUCAAAUCAAACAGAACAAGCACCGGCUGGAUACUGACAGCUGGAGCAAAGUAUAUGAGACAACAACAUCUACUGUGGGCUACACCUCCACAUGGAUUUCCUCACUUUCCCAGAUCCGCGGGACUGUACCAGCUGCUUUACCCCAAGGACUUCCCCUGUCACCCUUUUCUGGCACACUAUCGCCAUAUGGAAUACCACAUUUGUGCCAGUAUAACACCAUCGCAGGAACAACUUACCCAGUGCAAUGGAUGGGCAUUUCUGGGACAACUCAACAAUCUGUCGUGGUCCCUGCCCAGACAGUGGGACCCUUUCAACCAGGGAUCAGCAUGCCAGCAUUUCCAGCAUCGCCCGUGCAAAACCCAGCUCCCAUUCCCCCAAGUCCCAAAUGAAGAUGGAUAGCAAAAAAAAAGCUAGAUAUGGGGACUGUGCCUAUCUCUCAUGACUCCAUUCCUCUGCCUUGCAUUCUGCUGCCUGGAUUUGGGGGUGAAUUCCCCAGUGCAGUGAUGUGGGAAUGGUAGGAGAUUGUCUUUGCAUUCUCCUCUUUGAAUACUUGAUUUCAUUUUCUUUAGGGAAUUUUUUUAAGUACUUGAGAGAGCUUUGGCCUGUACAUCUCUUUGUUCUUGAGAUGAACAGCAUGCCAUGUGCUGCUUAUUAAUAAGCCUUCCCUAUCAUUCCUGCCCCAUAUCCCUUGUUUGCUUUUGUGACAACUGUUUUUUGAAGUUGGUAGUAACUCUUCUUGGAUUAUAUACUUACUAGCAUUUGAAUUAAUUUACAGAAUGGAAGGGAUCAGCAGAGAAGAGUGACAUUUAUAUUUGCAUUAUUGUUAUGUUUCGAUUUAGUUUCAUUGGCAGCUCGACUACAGGCUAACUAAGGUUUAAAAAAAAAUGGAUUAUAGUUUGUUUAGUUGAAUUCUAUCGUAAACUCUUCCUUCCUCUGUCCCAGAGAUAGGCCUUUUGGAAGUGAAGCACUGCUGAAAGAAGAGGCGUACAGUUGCUGCCUUCUCUUUGAUUUGGGAAAGCUGUCCUGGACAAUUCAGAACUAUUUGUAGAAUGCAACUAGAUGUCCUUACACACACUAUAUUCCGUAGAUACAUUGGAAUGUUGACCUGGUUUAUUGUACCUGUGUUUGGGACUCUUUGAGGUUUUUUUAAAGCUUAUUUUGCAGCUGAUACAAAUCUUAUAUUAUGGA